AUGUAUGCAAUAGGAGAAGAUUUAUCCAUGAAUUCAGUCAAGAAAUUUAUGAGCACUACAUGGAACUUUGUCUCUAUGCCUGACCUAUACUACAAUGAAGAAGGAUACUUCCUUGUAAGGUUCAAGAAUGGGGAGGACAAAGCAGCGGUGCUAAUGAGAGGUCCAUACACGAUUUACAAGAAGCCAAUUCUAAUACAUGAAUGGAACCCUAAAUUUACUCUGCAAGAUGACAUCCUCAGAGUUUUGCCAAUUUGGGUGAUGUUCCCGCAACUACCACUGGUGUAUUGGGGAGAGAAGAGCAUAGGAAAAAUUGCAAGUGCUAUUGGAAAACCUAUCUUGACAGAUGAAUGCACAACAAAAAAGCUGAGAGUGUCAUAUGCUCGUGUACUCAUUGAAGUAGAUGUUACAAAAGAACUCAAGAACUAUAUCACCAUUAGGGACCCUGCAGGAGAGAAAAUGAACCAACAAGUUGAGUAUGAAUGGAAGCCACCAUUCUGUACUCUAUGCAACAAAGUGGGACAUAGAUGCAAACAGAAGAAUGAAAAGCCAAAGCAAGUGUAUGUGAAGAAACAACAUACCAACACUGAAGAAGCUAUCAUCAGUAUACCAGCACCCCAACAAGAAGAAAAAGGAAAAGGAAUAGUGGAGGAGGACCCUUGGAUCAAAGCAAAGACAGCCACCAAAAACAAAGGGAAAGAACCAAGAACAGUUCUAGUGGAUUGUGUGAAUGGAUUUGACAUCCUCACACAGGGGGAGAGUUCUAAUUCUUUUCCUGUCCCAUGA